GCCAUAUUUCGGGCGCGCUGACGGGGCGCCGUGACGUCAUGGCCAGACGGUCGCGCGGUACGGUACAGUGGCCGGCGUGUGCCCAGCACUCUGCGCGUGCAGCCGGCAUUCCGUAUUCCGCCAUGACUGAGACGUCCGCUGCGCCAGCCGCCGCCCCCGCCGCCAAGGCGGCCAAGGCCAAGGUGCCUAGGGCCAAGCCCGCCCAUCCGCCCACCAGCGAGAUGGUGCAGGGCGCCAUCAAGGGUCUCAAGGAACGCGGCGGCUCGUCGCUGAUCGCCAUCAAAAAAUACAUCGCCGCCAACUACAAGGUGGACGCCGAGAAGCUGGCGCCUUUCAUCAAGCGCGUUCUCAAGUCCGGCGUGACCAGCGGUGCGCUUGUGCAGACCAAGGGCAAAGGCGCCAGCGGCUCGUUCAAGCUGUCGGCCGCCACUAAGGACAAGCCCGCCAAGAAGCCGGCCAAGUCGCCCAAAAAGAAGCCCGCCGGCCCGGCCAAGGCCAAGAAGACGCCCAAAAAGACCACCAAAAAGCCGGCUGAUAAGAAGAAGGCCACCAAGUCGCCGGCCAAGGUUAAGAAGGCCAAGCCCACCAAGGCCAAAAAGGCCAAGUCGCCGGCCAAAAAGCCCAAGGCGCCCAAGCCAAAAAAGUCGCCGGCCAAGAAGGCCGCCAAAAAGACCACUGCCAAAAAAUAGGCUGGCGUGCCACC